AGCAGGCUAUAAAAGGGACCGACAACCGACGAUCGCCAUCAGUACACAAACCGCAGUUGCUCAGACGACAGUGAACUUGUGCGGAUCGUUAUUCAAGCAAUUUCCAGUGAAUAUUCUGGUUGACUUUCUUCUAACAAGACAAAUUAAACGACAGAAAGAUGCCUGAAGAAAACCAAGAAGUCGAGACCUUCGCCUUCCAGGCCGAAAUUGCUCAGUUGAUGAGUUUGAUUAUCAACACCUUCUACUCGAACAAGGAAAUCUUCCUCCGUGAGUUGAUCUCGAACUCAUCAGAUGCCCUGGAUAAAAUUCGUUACGAGUCCCUCACCAAUCCGUCCCGUUUGGACAGCGGAAAGGAUUUGCACAUCAAGAUCAUCCCAAACAAAAAUGAUGGCACACUCACAAUCAUCGAUACCGGUAUCGGUAUGACAAAGGCUGAUUUGGUUAACAACCUGGGUACAAUCGCCAAGUCCGGCACCAAGGCUUUCAUGGAGGCCCUCCAGGCUGGUGCUGACAUCAGUAUGAUUGGUCAGUUUGGUGUGGGUUUCUACUCCGCCUACUUGGUGGCCGAUAAGGUUACCGUAGUCUCCAAGAACAACGAUGACGAACAGUACAUUUGGGAGUCUUCUGCUGGUGGUAGCUUCACUGUUCGUCUUGACCACGGCGAACCAUUGGGUCGUGGUACCAAGAUCGUCUUGCACAUCAAGGAAGACCAAGCCGAAUUCUUGGAGGAGCACAAGAUCAAGGAAAUCGUCAAGAAGCACUCCCAAUUCAUUGGCUACCCAAUCAAACUUUUGGUAGAGAAGGAACGCGAGAAGGAGCUCAGCGACGACGAAGCUGAGGAAGAGAAAAAGGAGGAAGAAGGCGAAGACAAGGAGCCGAAAAUCGAAGACGUUGGCGAGGAUGAGGACGAAGACAAGAAGGACAAGAAGAAGAAGAAGAAGACCAUCAAGGAAAAGUACACCGAAGAUGAGGAGCUCAACAAGACCAAGCCAAUCUGGACCAGAAAUGCCGACGACAUCACCCAGGAAGAAUACGGCGAGUUCUACAAGUCCCUCACCAACGACUGGGAAGACCACUUGGCCGUCAAGCACUUCAGCGUUGAGGGACAACUCGAGUUCCGUGCUCUCCUCUUCGUGCCACGCCGCAUUCCCUUCGAUCUCUUCGAGAACAAGAAGCGCAAGAACAACAUCAAGUUGUACGUGCGCCGUGUCUUCAUCAUGGACAACUGCGAGGAACUCAUCCCUGAGUACCUCAACUUCAUCAAGGGUGUUGUCGACUCUGAAGAUUUGCCUUUGAACAUCUCCCGUGAGAUGCUGCAACAGAACAAGAUCCUCAAAGUUAUCCGCAAGAACUUGGUCAAGAAAUGCUUGGACCUCUUUGAAGAAUUGGCUGAAGACAAGGAAGGUUACAAGAAGUUCUACGAACAAUUCUCCAAGAACUUGAAACUGGGUAUCCACGAAGACUCCCAAAACAGAGCCAAAUUGGCCGACCUCUUGAGAUACCACACCUCAGCUUCCGGUGACGAAGCUUGCUCCCUCAAGGACUACGUCAGCAGGAUGAAGGAGAACCAGAAGCACAUCUACUACAUCACCGGUGAAAGCAAGGACCAAGUGGCCAACUCUUCAUUCGUUGAGCGUGUGAAGAAGCGUGGCUUCGAGGUCGUCUACAUGACUGAACCCAUUGACGAGUACGUCGUCCAACAAAUGAAAGACUUCGAAGGCAAGACCUUGGUCUCCGUCACCAAAGAAGGCUUGGAACUCCCAGAAGACGAAGCUGAGAAGACCAAGCGCGAAGAAGACAAAGCCAAAUUCCAAGGCCUUUGCACCGUCAUGAAGAGCAUUUUGGACAACAAAGUCGAGAAGGUUGUCGUCUCCAACCGUCUAGUCGAAUCUCCAUGCUGUAUUGUCACCUCCCAAUACGGUUGGACCGCCAACAUGGAACGUAUCAUGAAGGCCCAAGCCCUCCGUGACACCUCCACCAUGGGAUACAUGGCCGCCAAGAAGCACUUGGAAAUCAACCCGGAUCAUUCCAUCAUCGAAAACCUGCGCGUCAAGGCUGACGCCGACAAGAACGACAAGGCUGUCAAGGACUUGGUCAUCCUCUUGUUCGAGACCGCCCUGCUCAGCAGCGGCUUCACUUUGGAUGAGCCACAAGUGCACGCUUCCAGGAUUUACAGAAUGAUCAAGCUUGGUUUGGGCAUCGACGAGGAAGAGACCAUGCUCACCGAGGAGGUUUCAUCUGGCGACGCCCCAGCUGCCGAAGCUGGCGACAGCGAAGACGCAUCUCGCAUGGAAGAAGUUGAUUAAGUCGUUCGUCAUCCCAUGGACAUGUGUUUUAAGAUGUUCUCUCAUUUCAUUCCCUCUUUUUGUAAAUAUUUAUUUACUCAUUUUCUCUAAGAAGUAUUAUACUUUUUUAUAGAUCAACAUUAACCACCUUUUGGCUAACGCGUCACUUAGUUUAUUCGGCUGUGUAAUGAAUAUCGUUUGACCAAAAAUACGCAAGUGUACUGAUUUUUUGUUAAAUAAAUAAUUUAAAUUA